AAAACAAUGAUUCCUCCAGGGGAUUGCCUGUAUGCUGGGAGAAAAAGGAGGAAACCUAUUCAGAAACAAAGGCCUGCAGUUGGGAAUGAAAAAUCUAAUCCUUCAAAAAGACACAGGGACCGUCUGAACGCGGAACUGGACCAUCUGGCCAGCCUCCUGCCUUUUCCACCUGACAUUAUAUCGAAGCUGGACAAACUUUCUGUGUUGCGCCUUAGUGUCAGCUAUCUCCGAGUGAAAAGUUUCUUUCAAGCCAUUCAAGAAAAGCACUUUAAGAAGCAAAGUGAUCAAACAAUAAAAGAAGACAGUAUAUCUAACAAGACUGCUGUACAAGAAGGUGGACUUCUACUAGAAUCACUGAAUGGUUUUGCAUUGGUGGUGAGUGCAGAUGGAAUGAUAUUUUAUGCAUCAUCAACUAUUGUGGACUACCUAGGCUUUCAUCAGACUGAUGUAAUGCACCAAAACAUAUAUGAUUACAUUCAUGUGGAUGAUCGCCAGGAUUUCUGUAGACAACUACACUGGGCCAUGAACCCUCCCCAGAUGUUGUCUGGACAGCAAUUACAGACAGAAACAGGAGAAGAAUAUAUUCUCAGUAAAUUGUUUAAAGCACAAGAGAACAACAGCAUGACAACAGAUUAUUCUUCCUUCUUAACUCGUUGUUUCAUUUGUCGAGUUCGGUGCUUGUUGGACAGUACUUCUGGCUUCCUUACAAUGCAGUUUCAAGGCAAACUAAAGUUUCUUUUUGGACAAAGGAAGAAGUCCUCAUCAGGAACAGUAUUACCACCUCAGUUGUCCUUAUUCUGCAUAGUGGUACCACUUCUUCCUUCUGUGACAGAGAUGAAGAUGAAAAGCCUGCUUGUGAAAGCAAAAUACAAAGCUGAUGAUGCAGCAGGAGUAAAUACAAACUGCAGUUCAAAAGCUAAUUCAGGCUUAUGUGAAGCAGCAGAAUUAUAUGGAAGAAACAGUCAUCAUGAAGGUGCAGCUUUCCCUAAUGUAUUACAGAGUGCUGAAAACCAAAUGAAAGCAAGGAAUAAUAGAGAAAAUGGCAUUUCUCUAGUCAAAGUACAAACAAAUGAAGAUCACUGGGUCUGGGUUCAAGCUAACACUCAGCUUCUGUAUCAAAGUGGUUGUUCAGAGUAUAUCCUUGCCCAGCAGCAAAUGUUGAAGGAAGAAGAUAAACAACUGAAGAUACCAAGCAGUUUUGCCAGUUUGAAAGGAAACCUGGAAGGACUUUCUUACAACAGUGCCAUUGAAACUCUGGGCCAAUUGAAGCAUCUUAACUGGACAGCAGUAAAAAAUGAACAAGAUAAUAUAAAAGUGAAGUUUGAACCUAAUACAAAUGGUGAGUGCUUUAUGCUAGAGGAACCUCCCAGUUCUAAUACUUCAGUUUUAGGUUUUCAAAACAACUGCACCACAAACAGCAGUUGGACUCUAAGAAACUCAAACUCUUCUUCUAUAAAUCAACGAAUGAAUACAUGUUCAAGCAGAAGAGUUGGAUCAUUCUAUAACAGAGACCAAAGUUUCUUAAGUUUCACAUCAACUUGCCCUUCCUACUGGGGGAGUGCAGAAAGCUGCCAGUCUUACUCAGGCUUACAACAACGAUUUGUGGAGAACAGUCCUACAGAUCAUCUGAAAUUACAGAGAUCAUUAAUACCCUCAGAAUCUCCCUGUGAUGCAGUGUUUCCAUUGGAUACACCUAUCAAAACAGAGUACAAUUCUGAUUCUGAAAACAUUGCUGGUAACUACUUGACAUCGCAAAAUCGAGCCUGGUUGGAUGAGAAUGGCACAGUGGGAAAGCAGCUGUUUAGUUAUCCCAAUAUAGUACACCUUAAAACAGAACCGGACCUCCGUGAGCAAGUUUCACCUUGUCAGAAACCAAGGCACUGUGUUUAUACACCACAUAAUUGGCAAUGCAUUGUAACAAAUCAUCCCAGCAACCUAAAUCUGAACAGAUCUUGCAAGGGCUUAUGGAGCAAGGAGAUGGCUCCAUUUUGCCCUCCAAGCUCGGCAUGUUUGGAAAGCUUGCCUGACUUACCACAUACCGAAUGCUACAAUCAGUUCUAUAGCACAAAUUCAGUGGAAGAGAAAGAGCAGAAUAAUGAGAUUUUUAAAAUGCAAUGCGAAUUCAAAAAUCCCUGCUUGGUUCAAGCAAUCAAGCGUGAGCCCCUGGAUUCUCCACCAUUGUCCAAUAAUGGACAGAAUCGAGUACAUAUGAGUUUCUCUGAAAAUACAUUAGCAGGUGCUGUACCUCAUAGAACAACUGAAUGUACAUUUUUACAGUAG